AUGACAUCGCAAAUACAAAACUUUUAUCGGAAUAAGACCGUUUUUGUGACAGGAGGCACCGGAUUUAUGGGGAUAGUUCUGGUUGAAAAACUGCUACGUGUUACUGAAGUUAAACGAAUUUACUUGUUGCUUCGCCCCAAAGGCGGUAAAAGUGCGGAAGAUCGCUUACAGAAGCUAUGUCAGAGUGCGCUCUUUGAUAGAUUAAGAAAGACUUGUGAUAGGCCAAUCGAGCGUGUCACAGCGAUCUUAGGGGACUGUAAUCUCGCCAAUCUUGGCAUAUCAGCGGAAGAUCGUCAAGUAUUGAUCGACGAAGUGAAUGUGGUCAUACAUCUGGCAGCCACUGUGCGAUUCGAUGAGCCGCUAUGCAGAGCCUUAACCAUAAAUGUGCGGGCCACAUUGGAAUUAAUUCGACUAGCCAAAGAAAUGAAACAGCUGGAGGCUUUUGUGCAUGUCUCAUCGGCGUUCGCCAAUUGUGUAGUUAAUUUCAUCGACGAGAAAUAUUAUGCCCACAAAAUAGGUAUUGGUUCUGUGAAGAUGUGUGAAUUGGCCGACACUUUGGGUGUUGAGACAACAAAUAAGCUUGCAAGCGUACUAUGCGAAAAAUAUAAAAACACAUACACAUUUACCAAAUCUUUAGCUGAAGAGGCGGUUUUAAAUGAGGGUCGUUCACUUCCAAUCAGCGUAUUUCGACCAGCCAUAGUUAUUCAGACAUAUACUGAGCCACUUACCGGAUGGAUUGGCAAUUUAGGCGGACCUUCGGCGGCGCUUUACGCUUGUGGUCGUGGCGUGCUACGUGUGAUGCAUAUGAAAUCGCAAAAUCGGGCACAUGUGGUGCCGGCAGAUUAUUGCGCCAGCUUAAUGAUAGCUAUUGGUUGGGAGACUGCUAAAUCCUCUACAAACAAAUGCAUAGAAAUGGCUCCGCCAAUUUACAACUAUUGUAAUGAUGACGAGAAUCCACUGCUUUGGAAAGGAUACUUGGAUGCUGUUACUGAGCACGGCUAUAAGGUUCCUCUUAGUAAAAUGAUUUGGUAUCCAUUUACGACAACCGUUAGUCAAAGGUGGUUGUAUUCUUUGCUGGCUGUCUUUUAUCACACAAUACCUGGCUAUAUACUUGAUUUCCUUUUGGUGUUAAAGGGAAAGAAAAAGAGAAUGACGAAAAUUUAUCGCACCAUACACAGGCAAUCAGCAGCUUUGGAAUAUUUCACAAACAAUUCAUUUACAUUUACCAUGGAUAAUACAAAGGCAUUAUGGAGUUCUUUAACACCGAAAGAUAGAGAAAUUUUUAAUUUUGACCUUUGUUCGAUUAAGUGGGAUGAGUACAUACAAUUUACUUUACAAGGAUUGCGUCUGCAUUUGGGCAAAGAGGGACCGGAAACUAUUCCGGAAGCUCAGAAAAAGUUCAAAAGGUUAAAGAUCAUACACAGACUGACCCAGGUUUUGUUGUUAGCUAUUUUAAUUACAACAUUAUGGACUAUAUUUAGUAGAAUUUUUCUGUAAAAGUGUG